GCGUGACAAAAGCGUCCGGAAAAAAAAGAGAGAGAGAGAAUACAGCAGCUGUUGUCUGGAUAGGAAACACACUGACAUUGUCUGCCUGCUAACAUCAUCACAUCAUCCACCAGUCGUGGGAGCUUAAUAACCUCAUCAGUGCUGGAGUCAGCCGUGCCGUCAGCCCAACCAUUCCUUUAUUAGAAGACACGCAAAGGCACUGCUAUGUGGAUACUCGGUAGCAAUGACUGAUGUGGAAUCUACAUAUGCAGAUUUCAUAGCCUCCGGGAGAACAGGAAGAAGGAAUGCUUUGCAUGAUAUACUUGUCUCCUCUUCAAGCGGGAACACAAGUGAGCUGGCUUUAAAGUUAUCAGAGCUUGACAUAAACAAGCCAGAGGGGGAUGAAAAUGAACAGACAACACCUAGUGAGAAAACUACGGAGGAACAAACUCAAGCGCCAAAACAGGAGAGCUAACAACUCAACACAAUUGUGGUACUGCACCGAAAGGUUCUAAACCUGAAAGCAAUAUGAAGAUACCUAGUGUAGCAAGGGUAGACAUCAGCCCAGAGAUCAGAAAUGACUGGAAAAUAUCAAAGAGAUUUCAAGCAGCGGAGAUGGCUGAAGGGCUUUUUCCCAAUUUUUUCAUAAGCAAUGGUUGACAUGUCUAAGACACAGUUAGCUACUUAAGAUGUUAAUGAAACACCAAUGGGUAACCACAGAAAUUCUCAUUGUGGUUUUUGAAACCCUCUAAGGAUUCGAUCCUGUGCUGUUGUAAUGGCUUCCAUGAUUCAUACGGCUCAGCUAUUUAUCCAGAUGUCCCAAUCACAGAAAAAAUAACGUGAAAAAAAUGACAUUGAAUUAUGAACAUUGUAUUUGUGUUAAAUAGCUUUGUUGUUUUCCAAUGUUUUGUAUGGUACACUUUAAUAUUUUACACUGCCCCUAAUAUAAACGUGCACAUGUAAACUGGUGGCCUCACAAAUAAAGGGCUGUUUAUUUUCUUUUUUGGAUUUUUUGUUUUAUUUUCAUUUUUAGUCAUUCACAAACUAAUUCAAUACUCACAUCACCUCCAAACUCUUCACAUUUCAUUGGUACGAUAUAUCUGUUAGGAAAAGAGCGAGUAUAACAAUGCACUGUACUUAGUAGCAGCUGAAGUCACUGUGUUAUGUGAUCUCAGUUUCAAUGUCACUAUAGCAAAUCACAAUUUUCACAAUAUCGGUUUUCACAAGGUGACAAGUUUUAUUCACAAAAAAAUGUCCUCACUUUUUUUUUUUUAUCUUCUAGAAAUCCAUGUGACGCAUUUUUGUUGUAAUAGCGAGUGAUGCACUUACACUAAGGGUUGGAGAAUGGGAAUGCACUAUGGAAGGGUGUGUGGUUAUCUGGUCACACCAAUUCCUUCCUAAUUUAGUACCUAUUUCUAACACUGUUCUGGUUACGGAUGUAAUAGUGCACUUUUUAAUGUUUGUACAUUUUACUAACUAAUCGUGUGGUUGUUUAUCAGUUCUAAUAACCAAUAAAGUUAACCAAAUAUCUUAGAA